AGAAGGUAGUUAACUAUUUGUUAGAGAUUCAGGACUUGCAAAAAGCAGUUUUAAAUUAUCCUUAUUUUAGUUUUUAAUUAUUUUAUUUUUUUAUUUAUUUUUCACGUUGUCAAUAUUGUCCCUGUUGCAAAUAAUUUUCUUUGUAUACCAUGACUCUACAAAGAUUAUUAUUUCUUAGAAUUCACUUAAAGAAUCACAACAUAAACAUAAUCGAAGUUGCCUGAAAUGCAAUUACUGACUUUAAAAAAUACGUGAUUGUUUACGAUUCCGAGAAAGAUCUGUUGAUUGACUCUAGAAUGGACGAAACACCUUCUGCAGUUUGUGUGGCAUUGGAACGAGAUGGAACUACUUUUGCUCAAUCGGCUGUCCAAUUUGAUGAAACUGCACAACAUGAUAUUGCAAUAUUUUACUACAAUGAAGCUAUACAAGCAUUAUUUAUGGCCAAAGAAGAAGGUUCGAGAAUUCCAAACAUUGACAGCCGUAUCAAAGAUUAUGCUGAAAGAGUACAUUUCUUGAAAGAAAAAUGUACGAAUGUAAAAUCCACAAAGGCAGACAGAAAAACACCACAACAAUUAGAUCUAGAGAGAGCGGCAUUUCUUGUACAACAAGCCUUUGAAGAAGAUGAAAAGGAAAAUAAAGAAGAAGCAGUAGAAUUGUACACACAAGCUGUGGAACUGUGUAUUAAAGUUCGUCAAGAAACUAAUGAUUCUUCUUUACAAGAGCGAGUUAUAAAUCUUGCCAAGCAGGCUUUGGACAGGGCUGAGAUCUUGAAAGGCUGUAAGAAAGAAACGCCACAGAAUAUUCCAACAACGUCUAGUACUAGUGUUGGUACUAUUUCUGGUAAGACUGUUUUGAAAGAUAGACAUACAAGAAAAGUUGUUCCACCUUUGGGUUUUGGGGCUUUCAAAGAUGACAAUGAGAAACGCAAAGCAAAAAGCCCUACUGCUGGAACUUCAAGUUGCAAUGUAUCUGGACCUGGUGUUUACAGUAAAGAGGAAAUCAAUGUAUUGAGGCAUUCUUCUUUCAUUAAUAAAAAGGAAUAUGUUCCAUUUAUGUCAGUCGAUAAAUUAGAAAGAUUUGCUUUUCCUCUACCAAUGACUGAUAAGUAUGGCAAACUGACACUAUCUCCAAAACAAAAAGAAAAUUUCGUAAGAUGGGCUCGACCAGAAGAAUUCUGUGAUAAUCCAAAAAUGAUAUAUACCAUUUCUAGUUUUAGUAUCCGUCAGACUAUUGUAUCUGACUGCAGUUUCGUUGCAUCUCUUGCUAUUUCUGCACAAUAUGAAAGACGUUUUAAAAAGAAAUUGAUAACAAGCAUUAUUUACCCUCAGAACAAACUUGGUGAGCCUAUAUAUAAUCCAUGUGGGAAAUACAUGAUCAAAUUGCAUCUCAAUGGGGUGCCAAGGAAGGUGAUCAUAGAUGAUUAUUUACCUCUUGGUCGUAAUUCGGAACUACUCUGUUCAUUUUCUAAUAAUCGAAGUGAACUAUGGGUCUCACUUCUGGAGAAGGCAUACAUGAAAGUGAUGGGUGGCUAUGAUUUUCCAGGAUCAAAUUCGAAUAUCGAUCUCAAUGCACUAACUGGCUGGAUUCCAGAGCGUAUAUCUAUUGUAUCUACUACCUCGCCAUUUGAUAAAGAUAAAGUAUUUAAGCGCAUUUAUGAGCGGUUUCACAAAGGUGACUGUCUAGUUACAAUGUCUACUGGUGACAUAAGUGAAAGUGAAGCUGAACGUGCUGGUCUUGUUCCUACUCAUGCAUAUGCUAUGUUAGACAUCAAAGAAGUUAAAGGUCGAAGAUUAUUCAUGUUAAAAAACCCUUGGAAUCAUCUCAGAUGGAAAGGAAGAUUUUCUGAGCAUGAUACUAAACAUUGGACUCCAGAAAUGCAAAGUAUUUUAAACUAUGACCCUAAAAGUGCCCAGAGCUUUGAUAAUGGAGUGUUUUGGAUAGACUAUGAAUCUAUUUGCCAUUUUUAUGAAGUAAUCCACAUUAACUGGAACCCAGAAUUAUUCAAGCAUACCACUUGUAUACACAGUGCCUGGCAAGCCAGAGAGGGACCAAAGAAAGACAGCUACAAUAUUAGUUUCAACCCACAGUAUCAUCUUGAAGUUAAAAGUACUCAGCCAUCUACAUUAUGGAUCCUAUUAACUCGGCAUAUUACAGAUAAGGAUGACUUUGCAAACAACCGUGAAUUUAUUACACUAUUAGUAUACAAGAGUGAUGGGAAGAGAGUUUUCUAUCCAUAUGACCCACCACCUUAUAUUGAUGGGGUAAGAAUCAACAGCCCUCACUAUUUAUGUAAGCUGAAUGAGGAACCUGGAGUUAAUUCAUACACUUUGAUUGUUUCCCAGUAUGAAAAGAAUAAUUCUAUCUAUUAUACUCUACGUGUGUAUUCUAAUUCUGAGUUCACUCUCACAAGCAUUGUGGACCUCUACAAAAAGGAAUAUGGCAAAAGAAUCACUGGACACUGGAAAGGAAUAACUGCUGGAGGUUGUGCUAAUUAUCCAGAAACGCAUAAAUAUAACCCUAUUUACCAGAUAAAUAUUGACAAUCACUUCAGUGAUAAUAAUAUUUUGAUUGAGUUGAUGGGACCAAAGCAAUAUGCUGUUGGUUUUGAGAUAAUAGCAAUCAGUGAAAAUAUUCCUAAUGCCCCAGGAGCCUUCAAGCGGAAAACGUCUGGCGAUUUUCGGCCUGGAUAUUGUGUACUGCAGCUGGACAACAUCUCUGGUGGAAUAUAUAACCUUAUGCCGUGUACAUUUCAUCCAGAGAAAGAGGGACCAUUCUUUUUAGAAGUUAGCAGUUCCUCUUCUAUUUCAGUUGCAAAACUUCAGUGAAAAACGAUGCAAUAUCCAGAUUCAUAUCACACAUUGUUUUGACACUGCCAGAUGAAUGUGAAAACCUGAAAAUUGAUAUUUUGACAGCUUAAUUUAAGUCUCAUGCUCCACAAUUUUUACUGUAGGACUAAGAUAUUUAAGUUAACAUUUCAAAGUUUGUUUAUUUCUUUCAAAAUUUUAAGUGAAGUACAUAUAUCCUAGCAUAAUCUAGUCAUUCAGCUAUCAGAAAAUUUAAGAGAGGCAUAAAUUUUGUUGCACUGGGUAAACAAAGAUUUCAUAUUACAGUUAGAUAUAAGUGUAUUUUCAGGUUUCUUUUUAAUAUUUUGGCUGUGAACAAUGCUAACAAACAAUUAGCUUUGGCAGAAAAAUGGGAACUUGUUUUGAAAACUGAAGCUGGAUAUUUUAUGAUUUGUUAUUAUGUAAAGCUUAAAAUUUUAAUUGUGAAACAUUUCUAUAUUUAAAAUUUGUUUCUUUUUUUUUUCAUUUUACAUUUAAGAGAUUCUCAGUUUGUGGGGUUUUUUUUUAUUAUUUUUCUUUAUACAACACCAAACUAAAAAUGUUUGGUUUUGUUUAAAAUAAUUUAUCCUGAAUCUCUUCACCAUUUGACAUUCAAAUUAUGUCAUUAUUUUUGUUAUCAUUUUUAACAUUUAAAGAACAAAACGACCUCUUCAUGCUUUAAAAUUACAGAACUAAAUAAAAUACUAAAAUAAAAAAUUUAAAAAACCAUUAAAAUAUUGUUUUUUUUAAACUUAUCAUUUGCAUUGAAAAAUAGUGUGAUUUGUACUUCAAUUAAAUUUCUGUUGCUAUUUUAUUAAUGAAAGCUACUAACUCUCCUUAUAAAUUUUAUAAUUAAUCUUUUAAUUAAGUUUUGGCCUUUUUCUUUCCAUCUACAUGUUUUUUUCUUUUUCUUAUCAGAAUAAAAACUGUAGGAAGUUUUUAACCCUUUAGCAUUCAGAUUACACAGUAAAAUGUAAUGUUUAUUUUUUCAUGUUCAUUUAGAAUUAAUUGUGCAUUAUCUUGUAGCUUUGAGAUUUUGAUGAUGCAAUUGUUUAAUUCUAGAAUGGCAUUGUAGGGUAGGUGUGAGUGGCUGGAUCUGACCAGUUUGAACAUAAAACAGGUAGUAUACUUGGGCCUAAUAUGGUUAGUUUAACUGCUAAUGGGUUAUCUAUGCCUUUGAUAUGUGGGAGAAGGGGAAGACAAUAAGACUAUCUGCUGUCUAAUAUUUUGUUAGCAUGUUGAACUAGACAUGUUUACAAGGUAGAAUUACUGUCCUCCUUUACUUUAUGUCAUAUUUUUAAAAUAAUUGUUCUCUUUAUCAGGCUUUAUUAGUAGCAACCACUAAAUCUAUAUCUAGUAAUAUAUGAAUUACUGUACAACUGAGGAGAAAAGUGAUGAAAGAAAUAAUCAUUAUCUUCAUCAUUUAUAUAUUCACUUUUGUAGUACCUGCCUGUAAUCCUACUGCACUAAGACGUGCUUAUGUAUUCAUAGUUUAUAUAGGAUACACUCUAUUGAAUUACUAUCUAUCUACUUCUUUUUCUGCUAUCAAGCAUGGUCAUAUCUAAAAUGUCAUUAGUGCCCUGUUUUCUUUCCUGCUAACAAAAACUUUUGUCUUUGAUAGAUUUACUUUGAAGUUUCUCAAUUCUAGGCUUUGCUUCCAUGUUUGGAAUUUCUUCUCUAAAUUUUCAACAGAUUCAGCUAUGAGAACUAGGUCAUUGGCGUACAAGAGUUCCUAUGGGUGACUGGUCUUAAAUACGUCUGUUAUGACCUGGAGAACUUCAAUAAAAAUGGCUGAAAGUUUAACCCUGACAGAUAUCUACCUGCUUAUUAAAUUCCUUGUAAACUCAUUGCUAACACUAACCUUGCUGAUUGCAUUUCUGUACACAGCUUGCAUGGCUGUUAGAAACCAUUUAUCAAAAGCUAGUUUUCUUAGUGACCAUUAGACUACAAAACAUAGUACCCUGUCUAAGAUAUUCUCCAAGUCAACAAAUGCUGGAUAUAGUUUCUUGAUGUUAUCUAAGAAUUUUUCCUGUGAUCUCUCCAGGAAGAGAACACCAUUGGUACCCUGUCCUGGUACAAACCCAAACCGUAUCUCACUGAUGCUAACUCUCUUUCUAAUCAGUUAUGCUACAAUACUUUUUGUUACUUUACAACUUGGCCCAUCGCUCUGAUGUUCUAGAAAGAAACAACCAACUAUAGAGGCAUAAACUCUAUGCCUCUAUGUAUCAGAUAAUAAGGAUACUGUUAUGCCACAUCUUUGUGCUACUUGAUUGACUAUGUGAGUGACUAGCAGGAGGCAUGCUUCUCUGGAUAGAUUCAGUUUCUCAGUGAUUACUCUUGAUAGUCCAGCUGCUUUUGUUGCCUUCAUAUUCUUGUGCUUUUGACCCAUAUUGCUGCCAAUUUCAGUAAUUGGUCCCUUUCUUGGGUCUAUCUGCAGUAGUACUUCAUACAAAAAUGAAAGAAAUAUUCAGGAACCAAAGAAAAAUUCAACUGCACAAAUUAUUAUUCUCCUAUAUGUGUGGUUAAGAAGCCUGCUUCCUAACCACAUGAUCUCAGGUGCAGCCCCACUGCAUUGCACCUUAAACAAGUUUUUUACUGUAGCCCUAGGCUGACUCAAGCCUUGUAAGUUGAUAUGGUAGAUGGAAACUGAAAGGAGCCUGUUAUGUGUGGGUUACCCUUAUAUUGACACCACGUGAUGACUGGAAAUGAGUAUCACCAUUAUAGAAGUGAUGUUAUUCAUUUCAAAUCCUCCAUGGAAAGGUGUCUGGCUAUGGAAAAUAUCUUGAUUAUAAACAGGUGAGGGUUGGGGACAGGAAAAGUAUCCAUUGUAGAAAACCUGCCGCAAAAUAUUCUGUCUGUUUGACCCAUGCAAGCAUAGAAAAGUGGACAUUAAAUGAUGAGGUUCAUAUAUAUAUAUAUAUAUAUAUCUUGCAUGUUUGUAUUCGUGUCAUGUGAUGAUUAUAAAUGAGUAUCAUCAUCAUACAAGCGAUGUUAUUUGUUUCCUGUCUUCCAUGGUAAAAUAUUAAUUUGCUUAGAAACAGAUGUGGGUUGGUGGCAAGAGUAUCCAGUCAUAGAAAAUCUGCCUCAACAAAUUCUGUCUGACCUAUACAAGCAUAAGAAAGUGGAUAUUAAAUGUUUAUUAUUGUUAUCUAAAGGUAGCGAGUUGGCAGAAUCGUUAACACGGUGAACAAAAUGCUUUGUGACAUUUCAUUCGUCUUCAUUUCGCCAAGGUCAUCCUUUCAGAGUCAAUAAAAUAAGUACUAGUUGAACACAGGGGUCAUUGUAAUCAACUUAGCCCCCUCCUCUAAAAUUUCAAACCCUGAAAGGAUUAUUAUUAUCUACAUAUUUUGUAGUCAAAAUUAUUAUCACUUUUAUUGGAGAAAUUAAUGUUUAUAUGUAAAUGACUGAACAAGUUUAAUGAAUUAUUCUUUAACCCUUUUGAUACCAAUCCACCUGAAGCUGCCCUUGGUUUUAUGAUACAAAUCUUUAGUUUCAAAGUAAUCUACAUUAAAAAUCUCCCACCUAAAUUUCAUGUUUUAUGUUCCAAAACACCAGUUUAAUAAUGACAGUUAUUUCAGUAAAUUUUACUUUUUAAAAUUAAUUCAAAUGAAGUUAAUCUGCAAGAAUCACACUUAGAACAUAAAGAGACAACUAAAUACUGCCAAGCCUUCAUGUCUGGGGCACUAUUGAUUCUGCCAUUAUCUUCUUUAAUAAUCAAUAAAAAUUUGAAGUAAAGUGUGUGGUUUGAGGUUCAGUCUCACCAUGCAGUACCUUUGGAAAGUGUCUCCUGCUAAAGCCCAAAGCUGACAAAUGCCUUGUGAGAGAAUUUGGUAAACAGAAACUGUAGGAAACCUGUGGUGUAUAGAAAUGUAUGUAUUACCUGUGGGAACUCCUCUGUGCUUGUGACCUUGUUCUUAUCACUGAAUCUUCAAAAGAAUUAGAACAGAAACCCCAGGAGUGGAAGCAGAACCUAGAAUCAAAGGGCCUUAAAGUCAACUUACCAAAGACCAAAGUUCCAGUAAGCUAAUACCAUCAGAAAAAUUACCAUGUUCAGUAUGAAGAAAAACUACAGACAGAAAUUCCAUCCAGUGUACCUAAUGCAAACUUAUGGACCCAUAAGAAGUGCAGUGGAAUCACUGGAAGAUUAACAGAGACAGUAGAUUCUAUUUACAGCACAUGCACUGGAACAAUUUCAGAAAGCUCUAACAAAAGAUCUCCCUGUUGGAGUGAAAGAUAGAUUGUAUGAUACUUGUUUAUGCACAACAAUGCUACAUGUAGUGAAACAUGGGUUGUGAACGCAGAGAACAUGCAAAGACUAGAAAGAAAUGAAGCUAGCAUGGUCUGCUGGAUGUGUGACAUUAGUGUGCAAGUAUGACAAAGUAAAGAUUUGUUGAGAAAAAUUGGGCAUAAGAUACAUCAGAUGUAGUGUGCAAGAAAGAAGACUAUUGGUAUGGUCAUGUGAUGUAUAUGGAUGAAGAUAGCUGCAUAAAGAAGUGCUGAUCACUAAAUGUGGAUGAAACUCGUAGUAGAAAGAGACCCAGGAAGACUUGAGACAGUGGCAAAUACUGACCUCAGGUUCUUGAAUCUCACAGCAGAUGACAAAGGAUUGAGAGGAUUAGCAAAUUACUAUGCUCAAGAAGACUGUCCAUCUCAACAAAAUAUGAGUUCCCAAGAGCAUAUCAUUAAUAUCUUUGCCUUGCACCUAAUCCUUCAUAACUCAUCUUCCUAACACCCAUUCCUCCAUCACCCUUCUAACUAUAGCACUAUUAUUUAUAUGAAAACAGAACUGCUCAUAUUCCAUCCCCCUUUUGUGAUACCAGUUAUCCUUCUGCUUGGAACCACUUUCUUAUCACCCAUUCCACAUUCUCCCAUAUCAUCCCUUAACACUUUAUUUCACCUUUGAACACCUGCUCAUAUCCGUCAUCGACACCUUAGGACAGAAAAUCAUUUUACACCUGCAAAGAUAUGAUCUCAGAGUCACAUAUAAACCUAGGAAAGAUUUACUUAUCACUGAUACUCUCUCUCUGUAGCAUAUAUAAAGGAACAUGAUGAUUCUCUGUGUGAUGAAUUGCUGAAUGAUAAUGUUAUCAGCUCAUUUCCAAUGUCUCCAAAACUGGAACAGGUUCAGACAGCAACCAGUCAAAGUGUUAGUUUAACAACACUAAGUGACAUUGUGCUAAAUGGUUGACCAAAAUCAAGAAAUCAAUAUUCACCAACAGUGAAACCAUAUUGGGACAUCUAUGAUGAAAUAGCAUAUCACAACUGAUUGUUUUUCAAUAGUAAAAGGAUAAUCAUCUCUGAUUUGCUCAGAAGUGAAACAAUGAACAAGAUUCACCAGUCACAUCAAAGCAUUAUAAGAAGUAAGCAGUGCCAAAGAUGUACUGUUUUAGCCUGGCAUGAGUUCACAAAUUCAGGUAGCAGUUGGAAAGUGUACCAUGUGUGCCAAAUUCAGAACAGACAACACUUAAGAAACAUUACUGCCCCAUGAGAUACUAGAAUGUCCUUGGUCAAAGGUUGAUAUUGAUUUAUUCUCAAUCAGUGAUGAUGAUAUCUUGUUAUUGUUGACUUUUACUCUAUAUUUUCUGAGUAAUGCAAUUUUACAGUUAUAAACAAGCUGGAAUCAAUCUUUGCUAGACAUGGAACACCACAUAUUCUGAUUUCAGAUAAUGCUUCACAAUUAUCUUCUGAAGAAUUUUGAAAAGUUGCCAAAACCUGGCUUUUCACCAUAUCACAUCCAGUUUACAAUUCCCACAAUUGAAUGGAUAAACUGAGAUUGUUGUGAAAGCUUUGAAAUCACUGAUAUAAAAAUGUAGAGAGGAAAACAAAGGUCCCUACCUGGCAGUAUUAGACUUAAGAAAUACUCCAAUAGACAAGGUUAAUAAAGCAUCUACAUAACUCAUUAUGAGUUGGUUGAGAACAUUUUGUGCAUCAUGUAGAAAAUCUUUACCUUCGUGUAGAAAAUCUAUUGGAUGUUCAGGAUAAACAUGCUGAGUGCCAAAGGCUGAUGAAGAAAUAUUAUGACCAGCACACAGGAACGUUGCUUACAUUGUUAGAACCUGGUGAUCAUGUGUAAGUACAAGUAAAUGACAAACUAUGGAUACCAACAACUAUCAAAGACAAAAGGGAUAAGCUCAUACUGGUCAAAAUAAUGCCAUAAGAACAUGAAGGUAGUCUACCCCUGUGAUUGUUCAUAUAUGAAAUAAUCUGUCCUACAUAUUAAGAUAGGAGAUGUAAUGUAUUGAGUUAUUUCUCUUCAAUUCUAAGAUUAUUUGUUACUUAGUGUUUUAUUUAACCAAUCAUAUUUUAAAAUAUUCAGUGCAAAUCAGUUUCUGAUAAUGGCUUCCUGAUUAAUAAACCACUAGUAAAGUUUCCUUUUAUUUUAUCCAGUUAUCUAUGUCAUUAUAACACAACAUAACUUUCUCUCUGUUACUUUGUCUGUCUCUAUGUGAUUUAGACUGGUGACGGCAAUUUGCAUACUUGUAAUAACAAAGUGAAUUGACUAUCUGUUGCUCUAUACUAAUAAAACACAAACAUGCAGAAAAGCCUGUCUGUAGAUAUACAAGAAAUAUGAAAAACUAAGUAUAAAUUGUAUAAAAAUAAUUUUUGUUGUCACUUUGAAGAGGAAUUAUUUUCAAUGCUUGCUUUUCUUUGUACAAGCACAAAAAACAAAAUUAGAUAACCAAUCAGCAAACAGCUUUUAUGAAAAAUAUAAAACUGUUAUAACCACCAUGAAGAGCUACCCAAAUGCAUGAUGUGUGAGACACAAACAAGUUGUUAAGAAUCUACACAAGAAUAUAAUGUGUAUCAGGUUCACCUUUUAGAAGACACAUACUGAAGAAUGACUGAGAUCAAGGGAAAAAAAGCUUAAUUUUAAUUUUUCUUCAUCUCCAGGAUGCAGACCUCUUCCAUUUUAAGUGGUACUAUAAUUUAAAGUAGCCAAACAGUACAUGUUCUUCCAAAAUAGGAUAUUAAUAAAAUAAAGUUUGAAUGAAAUGUGUUACCGGAAAUGCCUGUUUGCAAAGUUAAUAAAGUUAAUGUGCCACAGAAAAUAGUGUUCUAUGUUAUUCUGUCAAAGGUUGGUUUUUUAACUCCAGCACUUUCACGCAUGGUGAGAGCACUGGGGUUAAAAGAGAAAAAUUAACAUGCUUGAGAUAGAAAACUGCCAGGAAAUAAGAUACAUUAAAUUAAUUUUUUGUCUUGCAAUUUAAGAUAGGUGAAGUGUGAUUGGAUAAACAGUCAAUUCUGCUUCUACUUCUUUUGUUAAGUUUACUGGUAAGAGUAGCAAAGUUGCAACCAUUUUAUCAAAGUGAGGUAAAAAGCAUGAAGAGAGAGAUUCUUUGAGUUCUACUUUGUAUAUCCAAAAUGGCUGCCAGAAUACUGUUCUACCAUUCGCUGCUCUCGUAUGAGGAGCAUAAAGGAUUGCUACAGAACUUUUUUCCUUUUUCUGUUUCUUCUGUGUAAAUGAUCCAUCUUCCUGAUUGUAAAAUUCAUAUGAUGUAAAUAAAACAUCAUUUGUGUCCUUUCUAUAUAUAAAGACAUUAACACUUUAGCAACUGAUUGUCACAAACCAACAUAUCUUAUUUAAAGAAUGUCACUUCUUUUCCAUAUAUAAAGUAAAUUUGCUUUGCAACUUCUGUUUAUACUAGACUUCCGAGUCUUCCUUUGCAAAUAUAAUUGGCUUGUUCAAUCGUUGUUUAAUAAAUACAUAUUUUUAUCUAA